CCGCUCCCCUGCGUGGCCACCGUCAGCCGCAAGCUGGAGGCGAGCGGGAGCCCCCAGUCCUGACAGCUGCCCACGCGCCGGGGCGGUGCACGAGAACGUCGCUUUAAAGGUUCGCGCCGCCGGCCUCGCCCCCCGCGCCCCGCGAUUGGCCGCAGGUGGGGCGGCGUUGGCCUGAUAGAUACAGGGAGGGCGGGGCUGCGCACGCGAGUCCUGUGGCCUCACCGCGGUAUUGGGGGCUGGGGAGCCCGCGAGUGGCCGCAGAGUGCGGGUGAUUGAGCGUGCGGGGUAGGCGAGCGCGCCGCGCGCGCGCGCCAGCAGCCGAGGUCCCGUGGGAAAUAGCGGAGCGCAGGACGCCGACCCGCACGCGCCGCCCGGCGGUCGGCGGCGUGCGCGACGGCGCGGGGGUGGUGUGCGCGCGUGAGCCUGUGUGUGCGUGUGUGCGUGUGCGCGUGUGUGCAGCUCGGGUGCGGAGCGCAAGCCGUCAGUCCCCGCUGUGAGUCCCCAGCCGUCUUCCACAGCCCUCCCCCGGUCCCCGCAUCUUCCCUACGACCCUCCCACGCACCUACGGUCGCAUACCAAGCCCAGGAAGCCGGUGUGGGGGGUGAGCGGAGUCGCACGAGACAAAAGGGGCGCGGGGGUCAACCCGCCAUGGCCUCCCGGAGCCUGGGGGGCCUCAGCGGGAGCCGCGGCGGCGGAGGCAGCAGCAAGAAGAGCCUGAGCGCCCGCAAUGCUGCGGUGGAGCGGAGGAACCUGAUCACUGUGUGCAGGUACGGUCUACACAUUGAUAUGNUGAUUGAUCGGUCCUGCUUUGAGACAAUUGAUGAUUCUUCUCCCGAAUUUAACAAUUUUGCAGCUAUUUUGGAACAGAUUCUAACUCACCGGCUAAAAGGUCAAGUAACCUGGUUUGGUUAUGAAAGUCCUCGUAGCUUCUGGGACUAUAUCAGAGUGGCUUGCCGGAAAGUUUCACAGAAUUGUAUCUGCAGCAUUGAAAAUAUGGAAAAUGUCAGUUCCUCUAGAGCUAAGGGUAGAGCCUGGAUCAGAGUAGCACUCAUGGAAAAGCAUUUAUCUGAAUACAUCUCUACAGCUCUGAGAGACUUCAAAACAACCAG